AUGUUAAGCUGUUUCCACCAGUUCCCGGUGAACACCCCCUUGACUCCGGUGAACAACCCCUCACCCCCGGUGACCACCCCCUCGCUUUUGGUGAACACCCCCUCGUCCCCAGCAAGCAUCCCCGCACCUCCAGUGCAGCGCAAGGUCCACGUGCUGCUACUGUCGUCAUGGCGAUCCGGUUCAUCCUUCCUGGGCCAAGUGUUUAGCCAGCACCCGUCCGUCUUCUACCUAACGGAACCAGCAGGGCACGUGUGGAGGGCACAGGGGAACACGGCACGGGGCCGGCGCAGGGCCACGCGUGACCUGCUGCACCGGUUGCUGCGGUGCGACCUGUCCGUCAUCAACUCCUACCUGUUGCUCAUGUGGAGCUACAGCCGGGCGCUGUGCUCGCCGCCGGCGUGCGCGCUCACGCCGCGCGACUCCCUCAGCAACCAGACGGAGUGCCAGAAGCACUGCGGCAGCCGAGGCCUGGCGAAGGCCGAGGAGGCGUGCCGCAGCUACUCGCACGUGGCGCUCAAGGAGGUGCGCCAGUUCGAGCUGGAGUCGCUCUACCCGCUGCUGCGCGACCCGACGCUCGACCUGCGCAUCGUGCACCUGGUGCGGGACCCGCGGGCCGUGUGGCGCUCGCGUAACGAGUCGGCCUCGUCGUUUUACCUUGACAACGCGCUGGUGCUGGAGCAAGGUGACGGCAGGGGAGCCGAGGUGGAGUACCGCGUCAUGCAGGAGGUGUGCCGCAGCCACCUGCGCAUGCACGAGACGGCGCUGCUCAAGCCGCCCGACGUCCUGCGCGGUCGCUACAAGAUGGUGCGCUUCGAGGACCUGGCGCGUGACACGCUCGCGCAGGUGGAGGCCAUCUACCGCUUCACGGGCCUGGAGAUGACGCAGCAGCUGCGGGACUGGGUCUUCCGCAUCACCCACGGCAAAGGCACGGGCGCCAGGAAGGACAAUUUCCAGAUCACCUCACGCAGCGCUGAGGACGUGGCGCGUGCCUGGCGAACAACCAUGCCCUUCGAGGCGGUGCAGCGCAUCCAAAAGGACUGCAAGGACGCCAUGUCCCUGUUGGGCUACCGUACGGUGGGCAGUAAGACGGAGCAGCGACAGCUGGACCUGGACUUGCUGUCCCCACAGGAACCCUACCAGUUCAGUUGGCUGCCGUCCAAGACCACUGAGCGUCCCAGUGAUGGCUAGCAGUAGCACC